AUGGCUGGAGCCCCUCUAUUCAACCGUGACAGCUUUGCUGCACCUACCACCAAUGCCAACACAAGCAACACAGAGAAAAGCAAGAACCUGACAGGCGUGUACCGCCUGUGCCUGUCCGCGCGCACCAUCGGCUUCGUGAAGCUGAACUGCGAGCAGCCGUCGGUGACGCUGCAGCUCAUGAACAUCCGCCGCUGCGGCCACUCCGACAGCUUCUUCUUCAUCGAGGUGGGCCGCUCGGCUGUCACCGGCCCCGGCGAACUGUGGAUGCAGGCUGACGACUCGGUGGUGGCCCAGAACAUCCAUGAGACCAUCCUGGAGGCCAUGAAGGCGCUCAAGGAGCUCUUCGAGUUCCGGCCGCGCAGCAAGAGCCAGUCGUCUGUGCACCACCACGCGGGCCAGCGGCCCUCCAGUGGCAGCGCUUCAGCCUCUGGCUCCCCCAGCGAUCCCGGCUUCAUGUCCCUGGAUGAGUACGGCUCCAGCCCUGGGGACCUGAGAGCCUUCUGCAGCCACAGGAGCAACACGCCUGAGUCCAUUGCCGAGACACCCCCUGCCAAGGAUGGGAGUGGGAGCGAGCUAUACGGGUACAUGACCAUGGACAGGCCCCUGAGCCACUGUGGCCGCCCCUACCGUCGAGUCUCAGGAGAUGGAGCCCAGGACUUGGACAGAGGGUUGAGGAAGAGGACUUACUCCCUGACCACACCUGCCCGGCAGCGGGCGGUGCCCCAGCCCUCCUCUGCGUCCCUGGAUGAAUACACCCUGAUGCGGGCCACCUUUUCUGGCAGCUCUGGCCGCCUCUGCCCAUCCUGCCCCACGUCUUCUCCCAGAGUGGCCUAUAACCCUUAUCCUGAGGACUAUGGUGACAUUGAGAUUGGGUCCCAUAGGAGCUCCAGCAGCAACCUGGGCACGGACGAUGGUUACAUGCCCAUGACCCCUGGAGCGGCCCUCAUGGGUGGUGGCAGUGGCAGCUGCAAGAGUGACGACUACAUGCCCAUGAGCCCCACCAGCGUAUCUGCCCCGAAGCAGAUCCUGCACCCACGGGUUGCUGCUGCGGCUCUGCCCCCCACAGGCCCUGCAGCGCCGGCACCCACCAAUGCGGCUGGCAGGGCCUUUCCGGUGAACAGGGCCAGCUACAAGGCUAGCUCCCCGGCGGAAAGCUCUCCUGAGGACAGUGGCUACAUGCGCAUGUGGUGUGGCUCCAAGCUGCCUAUGGAGAGCACCGACAGCAAACAGCUUCCCAACGGGGACUACCUCAACAUGUCCCCCAGCGACGCGGGCACCGCGGGAACCCCACCCGACUUCUUCACCGCAGCCUUGCACGGCUCUGGAGAGAUGCUCAGGAGCGUCCCUGGCUACUGCUACAGCUCCUUACCCCGCUCCUACAAGGCUCCCUACACCUGCAAUGGGGACAACGACCAGUACGUGCUCAUGAGCUCCCCCGUGGGGCGCAUUCUGGAAGAGGAGAGGCUGGAGCCUCAGGCUAGCAUGGGGACCACGCACCCAGCCAGCAGCGUGGUGGCCGGGGUGGGUGGGGGCAGCCACGCUCAGCCUCCUCACUCCGUAGUGCCUUCUGCAGGGAGGCAGAGUGGCAGCGGCAGUGGCCGCCCCGAGGGCUUCCUGAACCAGCGAUGCCGGGCAGUGAGGCCCACGCGCCUGUCCCUGGAGGGGCUUCAGACCCUGCCCAGCAUGCACGAGUGCCCCCUACCGCCCGAGCCCAAGAGCCCGGGCGAGUACAUCAAUAUUGACUUUGGCGAGGCUGGAGCGCGCUUGUCGCCCCCGGCCCCUCCGAUGAUGCUGGCUUCGGCGGCCUCCUCGUCCUCGCUGCUGUCUGCCAGCAGCCCAGCCUCGUCCCUGGGCUCUGGCACCCCGGGCACGAGCAGUGACAGCCGGCAGCGCUCCCCGCUCUCUGACUACAUGAACCUGGACUUCAAUUCCCCCAAGUCACCCAAGGCUGAGACCCAGAGCGGGGACCCAGUGGGCUCCUUGGAUGGCCUCUUGUCCCCUGAGGCCUCCUCCGGGUACCCGCCGCUGCCCCCGCGCCCUGCCGCCCCCUCCUCCAGUUCGCAGCUGCAGCCACCUCCGCCACCCCCUCCAGGGGAGCUGUACCGCCUGCCUCCUGCACCCACAUCCCAGGGCCCCAGUGCUGCCUCCUCUUCGUCCUCGGAGACUGGGGACAAUGGUGACUACACCGAGAUGGCCUUUGGCGUGGCUGCCACCCCGCCGCAACCCAUCGUGGCCCCCGCAAAGCCAGAUGGUGCCCGCGUGACCAGCCCUACGUCCGGCAUGAAGAGGCUGAGUCUCAUGGAUCACGUGUCGGGGGUCGAGGCCUUCCUGCAGGCUGGCCAGCCCCCAGACCCCCACCGGGGGGCCAAGGUCAUCCGUGCAGACCCACAGGGGGGCCGCCGCCGGCACAGCUCGGAGACCUUCUCCUCAACCACCACUGUGACUCCCGUGUCGCCGUCCUUUGCUCACAACCCGAAGCGCCACAACUCGGCCUCCGUGGAAAAUGUCUCUCUCAGGAAAAGCAGUGAAGGGAGUGGCAGCGGCGUCCUUGGUGGGGGUGACGAGCCCCCUGCGUCCCCUCGCCAGCCGCAGCCACCCCUCCCCCAGCAGGCCCGGCCAUGGACACCAAGUCAGCCUGGGGGCCUGGUUGGCUGCCCCGGGGGCAUUGGCUCUCCCAUGCGCAGGGAGACCUCAGCUGGCUUCCAGAAUGGUCUCAACUACAUUGCCAUCGAUGUCAGGGAUGAGCCGGGGCUAUUGCCGUCUCCACAGCAGCACCCACACCUGCAUCCGCAGCCAGGCGACAAGAGUGCCUGGGGCCGGACCCGUAGCCUCGGGGGUCUCAUCGGCACUGUGGGGGCCAGCAGCACCGCGGGGGUGUGUGGGGGUCCAGGCCCUGGAGCGCUGCCCGCCAGCACCUAUGCCAGCAUUGACUUCUUGUCCCAUCGCCUGAAGGAGGCCACCAUUGUGAAAGACAUCCAUGAUCUAUCCGGGAGAGCCCCCUUCUCCUCCUGUGCGGAGGAGGCCUCCUGGCCAGCAGCAGCCCCCUCCACUCAUAGUGCCUCCUGCUCUGGAAGCCUGCUGCUGCUGGACCCCCUGCCUUCCACCACAGUGGCCACUGUAGUCGGAGUAGGGCAGUCCCGUUUGGUUGGGCAGCUCUGUGUUACCAACCCAUCAGGCUGAUGGAGUCAGCUCCAGAGUGAAGACCUGCCUGGCUUCAUUACCACAACAUCACACAUCAGAGAAUCACAUGGAAAAGAAGAGGCUCAGCAUUUUAUAAACAUUUGAAGCUGCUUACAAUUGUUCUUUGGGACCUGAGCAAUUACUUUGUUGUAAACAUCUGCGGCUGUACUAGACAUGAAACCAAGGCAAGAACGGCCGCCUCCCUCACUGGUUCCCAUAGGGGGCAUUCAUCCUUGUGCUGUUUGUGUUGUGUUUUGUUCCGUUGUUUUAACACAAUUUGCCGAAGAAGUAAUUCUCAAGAAAAUGGGAUGUUUUCAUUGGCCUUUUUAAAUUGUGGCCAGUGUCUUAAUUUCUUCUGACGUUCAUUUUGGCAAAGCCAGUUUGUCCCUCGGCAUGCUCGAGAUUCUACCAAUACCCAUUAAAGUGGUAAAAUCUGGUAUUUACUGGCAUACACUCAAAACUACCACAGUCCUACCUCAGUUCCAGGUGAAGCCGGAUUUGCAGGGUUGGGGGCCGGCGGGACCUCCGUGUAUCUCUGCUGAAUGUGGCGCCAGAGUGGUCAUCAGCCUUACUCCACUGGUCCCAGUACACAGCUGCUUGUUGGACUCCAAUCCAGGUUCCUGCGUGUUUACUCACAGACAGAGCCCAGUGUGGGGCUGACAUUUCUCUAUGGGAAUGAAAUUUGUGAUUGGACGUUGAAGAUGGAUUAAUAAAUAAUUAUAUGUAACUAAA